GAAGUGAAAUGGGAAAGACUAAGGAACAGUUGGCUGAGGACAAGAAAAUCGCUCUUUCCUUCCGAGUGAAACCCUUGCAAAUCGAUGGCCUGUCUGUGGAUGAGCUGAGGAAGAAGACGGCCAAUCUCUGGGAUCUGAUCGUUCAGUUGGAGUCCGAUAAAUACGAUUUAGAAGAGCGACAAAAGAGACAGGACUAUGACUUGAAAGAAUUGGCUGAAAGACAGCGACAAAUCAAUCGCAACAAAGCGCUGAAGAAAGGAUUGGAUCCCGAUGCCCUUUCGGGUAAAUUUCCGCCGAAGAUCCUGACGGCCAGUAAAUACGAACGACGUCUCGACAGACGGACUUUCGUCGAUAAGAAAGGAUUAUAUGAAGGCGGAUACGACGCUCAGGUGGAGGCUGUACUGGAGAAGCAAUGGGAGGAAAAGAUCAGUCAAUUCAAGGAACGGGAGGUGAAGAACAACAACAAAUGGGAUCCGACGGCCCCUAAGAAUAAGGAGACAUUCGAACCGGGAGUUCGCACCUAUGAUGACGAUGGCGACGACGACCUAUUGGACGCGUUCAUCAAACCUCCCGGUUUUGAGGAGGUGUUGGGCAGCACUAUUGCCAGCACUCCCGCACCGGCAAAGCCCGCCCCCGCACCUGAACCUGAAGAAGAGGAAGAGGAGGAGGAAGAG